UGUGCAAGUGCGACUCACGAGAAUGAGGCCGUCCCUGGUCUCAAGGGGUGUGUGAGUCCCGCGGGAGACAGGCUGGGCCGAGGAUCAUCGUCAGGGACGGGCACGGGCGAGAGGGGAACCCUGGACGGGGCCAGGCCGCUGCCAGAUCCCGCGUGCAGGUCUGCCUGGAUCCGGAGGUGGGGGAGGGCGCCGGGCCCCAGAGGACCCGGCAGAACCAGCCUCCCACACGUCACCACCGUCAGGGGCGCCCGGGGGUCCGUCACAGGGAGAGCCGAGAGGAGAGCGGCACGGACGCCCACCGCGGUUGCACGCGGAUCCUAGACGCAGCCGGGGACAGGCACGGAGAGCAAAAGACGAGCGGUCGCUUUUGUUUCCUCGUUUUUGGAAGCCCCUGCCUACCGCACGGCUGCUCUGGACACCCCGGCUCCUCGAUGGACGAAGAAAGCCAAGCCGUCCAGCCCCGAGACCAGAGCUGCUGGGCCGCCCUGCCCGACGUGUGCCUGCGUCGCGUGUUCUGGUGGCUGGGAGACAGGGACAGGUCCCGGGCCGCCCUCGUCUGCAGAAAGUGGAACCAGAUGAUGUACUCGGCUGACCUCUGGCGGUACAGGACCAUCACGUUCAGCGGGAGACCCUCCAGGGUGCACGCGUCCGAGUUCGAGUCGGCUCUUUGGUACGUGAAGAAAUUUGGCCGCUAUCUGGAGCACCUGGAGAUCAAGUUUCUGAACCCUUACGAUGCCGUGCUCACCGAGAGGUUCCAGGUCACCAUGCGAGGCCUCCUGUCCUGUCUGGGCAAGAGCAACAACCGCCUGAAGUCGCUGUCCGUGCAGCACCUGGAGCUGGACCGUCCCGUCUGGAGGAACAGCACCCGCGGCUCGUUCAUCAAGAGCCUGAGCUUCUUCUUGAAGAAAGCGGGAAGGCAGCUGGAUCACCUCAGCCUCAAAGGGGCCAGGCUGACCGUGGAGCAGGGCUGCGCCGUGCUCGGCUCCCUGAGCUGCUCUCGGGGCGAGAGCCUGGUGUCCCAGCUCAACAUCGAGGACUACUUCAGCCACCACCUGGCCGUCUACAGCAGCCCCCAGUUCAGCAAGACCAUGGCCACGUUCCGCAGCCUGGUGUCCCUGACCCUCAACUACAACUGCAUCUCGGACGAGCUGCUGGAUGGCCUGUGCGAGAACAACGCCAGGACCCUCUGGACCAUAAACAUCAAGUGCCACGUCCACGACCCCCACGGCCAGGUCAUCUGGGGCAUGUCCUGGGCCAGACUGGCCAGGCGCGCCUCCAACCUCAAGGUGAACUUCUUCUUCGAGCGGGUCAUGAAGCACGAGCGCCUGGCCCGGGUCCUCCUGCAGGAGAUCCCCGUUCGGGGCCUCAGUCUGAGAAGCUGCUACUUCAGCGACCCGGACUGGUCCAUGAGGCCCACGCUGACGGAUCUCCUGCCCACCUUCCGGCACACGCUGCAGAAACUGACGUUUGAGUUCAACAACAACCACGAGUCCCUGGACGAGGAACUGUGCUUCCUCGUCUCAUCCUGCAGGAAGCUGUUCUACUUCAAAAUCUGGGCUUUCCUGGACGUCAGGUUCGUGGAGCGGAUCCUGAAGAGCCAGGAGGAAGGGCAGUGUUCCCUGCGCACUCUCAAGGUGCGAAUUUACACGAACAGGUACGAGACCAACGACGAGGACAGGACGCUGCGUGAGAUCCACCGGAAGUACAGGAAACUCAUCGACUCCGAGCUCAACUAUUUCGUCAUCGCUUACCCCAUGAUGUAGGGAGCACUCUCCGAGGGCGUCGGAGCCCCCCGCCGGUUCCCACAGAAGGACCCGGAACCCUCCCUCCCACCCCCCGUAUCCCUGUUGCCAGUUCCACCCCAUCCGACGCCCCGACAAAGGCUGGGGCCGCUGGUGAUGUGCCUUCAAAGUGCUAUCUUUACCAACUA